UACCCUCUUAUUCCUCUAUUGUCUCGCACUCCUAGUUAUCCAUUCCAUGGAACCCUCGGAGUCGUCGUUCUUCCCCUCCUUCGAGUUCGAGGGCUAGGGUUUUCCCCAGUCCAUCCGACACGCAACUUAUCCCUCCCUUCUCUUCACUCCAAACCCUAAUCCUAUCCGUCUCUCCUUCUCUGACGUCUCCGCCUCUGCUCCCAUGGAUUUUAGAUAUCGAACCGCCGAAGAUCGCGAUCCCUCGCUCUUCUUCUCCUCGUCCUCCACCUCCGUCAAUGGCUACUUCACGGAAAAGGCAUUGCGCGCGGGCUACAUUGACGUGGUGGGAGACAUCAGAAGGGGCGAUUUGAUCCAUCCGAUCCCGUCCAAAGAACCCUUGCAGCGAGAGCUCCAGAAGGAGCUGAUCCGGGAGGAACUCAUUUCGAGGGAUAUCGCUCAAAGGAGGAUCUUGGAGGAAGAAGUUAUGAGGGAGUUGGAGCUCGAGCGCGCGAUGGCCACGAGACGGCUUCAGAUGGAGAGGUAUUGCUCGGUGGCGGGGGCCCGGGUGCACCCUGAGGCGGGCCUCGAGCAUGGAAUGCGGUUUGGUCCGGAAACUAGAAUUGGGGACAGGUUUGGGGCCCAUUCUCGCGUGCCUCUGUAUCCGGAAGACGCGGUUCACGAGUGGUCACCUCCUCCACCUCCAGUUCCUUCCAAACCGGUGGUGGGAAGGAAGCUACCUCUGCCUCAGCAUCAGCCGGAGAUUAUACCAUCAAAGCCUGAAUCAUCUGGGAUGAAGAGAAAAGCAGUGGCUGUUACAGGAGGCAGUGAACUUCCUAGGCCAUGCCAAAAGGAUUGGAGAUGUGCUUUCUGUCAGGUGAGUGCCACCAGCAAGCAGGGGCUGGACGAACACCUCCAAGGCAAAAGACACAGAGCCAACCAAGAAGCACUAAUUGAAGGCAAGAGACCCAAGGCCACAGAAGCACUAUUUGGUGCCAACAAGAUUGCAAGGGCCAAGAAAGCUGUAGGUUCCACAUCUGUGAUGAAGUUAACUGGUAAGUCAUUGCCAGCAGAGGGUGCAUCAACCAAAGGGCCUGUGAAGAAUUGGAGAGAAGACAAGCAGCAGACAGGUCAGAAGAAGAGCUACUUCUGUGACCUUUGCAAGGUGAAAUGCAACAGCGAGGCCAUGUUGGCCUCUCACCUCCAAGGGAAGAAACAUAUGGCUCAAGCCGAGGAACCAAAGAAGGAUGGUAAACCCAUGACGCCAGCCGGUGCUAGAAAGAAGGUUAAAACAAAUUAAACAGCAAAGGAGGAGGAGAUAAGAGGAAGAAGAGAAGAAGGCAGAAGCAGAUAAUGAUCACCAAUACAAGGAGCCAGAGAAUACCAAGAUUGCUGAAAGUGGCAAAGCUCUCUGAUUGAAAGACCAAGAGUAGCCGGUUUUUUAUGUCUGAUUAUGCCGGUGGACGGUUACUAGGAAAACCUUGUUUAAGUAGGGUAGGGAGUUUGUUGGAUCAGUGACUUAAGGGAGUGUCUAUACGAUGAAGUGCCUAGCCCUGUAGGGCACCGUGCCUCGCCUGUGGUGCAUAAUUUCUUAGUUCAGAACUACAUCUUAAUUCAAUCUGUUUGGUUAGGGAAUGAUUUGGUGAAAGCACACGACAAAAAUCUAAUCUUACCUUGCAACUUCCAAGCUUCAAGCGCUUCUGUUAGAUGUGAAUGUGCUACUGUAUGCCUCAUAUUAAUCAAUCAAGAAGAAUGCGUUCUUGGGAUGCAAUGGUGAAAAGGCGUGGGAGUUGCUGUAUUCAUAGCACCGGUGUGGGAGCACAUGUGGUAAGUUCAGGACUAUGUUACAACCGAGGCAUCAACGAACAAAUUAGUUCGAUUCUUUCCCGUGUUGUUUCUGGAUGUGUGAUCAACAAAAGUAGCAUGCAUGCAGCUACGUUCAACUUGAAAGAUGCAAGCCUUCUUCAAUUUUGGUGCACCAGGUGUCCGUCAGCAGACACAUACUAGGUGGGGCGCGCUGCAGGACCUGGCAAACUUAUUAGGUCGGCUUUGCAGAUAGAGGUACCUGUAAGAGUGAACGACUGACAGGGAUUUGAAGUAACGACACGACGUCUCGCUGAAGGCUGGUUGGAAUCUGCAUGCAUGAUGUGUCACAUUGUGUCAUCAUAGAUUGGUCUUCCAUUUUCAUAAAAUUCGCUUGCUUUCAGAGGAGAAUGUUAUAAGCAAUGGAUCAAUGUGGCUUUUCCUCCCCCAACAACCGAUCACGCAUCUUCCAUGCUUGCACACAAAUACGUGCUAUGAAAUAUAGUGGGUGUACAUGAUAGCCAUGCAAUACAGAGCACGAGUAUUAAC